AUGUCAGUUUCGCAGGUCAGAGUGAUGCCGUCCUAUCAACCAUUCCAAUGUCUUGUCUGCCAAAGUCGAUUUACUCGACAUGAGAACCUCAAGCGACAUUCAACGCUACAUUCCCGCUCUCAUGCUGAAGCGUCGCUCCCCUGCGACUUUUGCCACGCUACCUUCUCCCGUCCCGACUUGCGCAAUCGCCACAUGAAGAGGAAACAUCCAGAGCAUGAGCAGCACCGAAGUACCAAGAGGACACGACGCCAAACAGCACCCAGACAAGACAGUCUGCAUUCUUCUGCAUCGCCGACAGCGGUCUCACCUGUAGGAAGUCAUGGUGGCUUUCCUUCUCCCGGAACCCUGCGUUUGAGUCCAGGAGAUGAGAGGAGCUUCAGCAGUGAUGCGAUCUGGCGCCCAGUGAUGCAGCAUCAGCUGCAACAGCAGCAGCAGUUUGACCGUGCCCAUCCCGCGGAAAUUCCAAAUAUUGCUACGCCAAGGACUGGGGUAGCCGAGACACAACCGACAAAGGGCCCGUUACAAAGACAAUCGACAACGAGCGAUUCUGUUCUCAUCGAUCAGAUUGUCCAGGACGCUACAGAUCUGGAGCGGAACUUACUAUUAGGGGCAUCCUUUCCGAGGCACACCAACCACCUUGACAACCAAAUAUAUCCGAUCCUGGCCACACAAGCCGAGCCAGCUGAUACGAGUCUAGCUGAGUACAGUUUCAACCACUCGAUUUUGGAUAGAUUGUCGCCAAAUGACAUCCCCCAACUCCAAGACGAUUGGGCCCCGACUGCCUUACAAAUGUCACGAGGCUGCAAUAUAUUUUUCGCCUCAGUCUCUCACUUCCUCCCCUUUCUCCAUUCGUCAACUUUUGAUCCAACACAAGCUGCUCCUCAUUUGGUGCUCAGUAUGCUUUGCCUAGCCUAUCAAUAUGGUGAGGACCCAGAAUGUGGGGACCAAGAAGGCUCAGGCGAAAGCUUUUCUAUACGUUGCUUUCAUAAGGCUCGAGCUCUCCUUGCUUCUGAAGAAGAGAGGUCCGAUGCUUCAACAAUGAUCACCACUCUGGUCCAAUCAUACUUGCUCCUUCAAAUAUGUGCCAUGAUGUACCUUUGCGGCGACAAUUCAGCAUGUGGUCUCAAGAUGCAUUCGCAUAUGAUCUCGCUGGCUCGCACUGGCCGAAUGACACAACCGAUGACUGUUGAAUCUGGUGCGACCGCAGAUUUGGAGUCAUUAUGGCGGGAAUUUGUCAAAGCUGAGUCGCACAAACGGACCCUUUUCGCAGUGCAUCAAAUCGACGCGCUAUGGUACCAAUUCCUUUCUAUUCCUCGCUCAAUCUCACACCUGGAAAUCAAGCAUGAUAUGCCCUGCCCAGAAGACCAAUGGUCAUCAUCCUCUGCUGCCGAAUGGGCCCAUCGACAACUUGUUGCAAGAAAUACCGGCCCCUCGGUCACGUACACCGAUGCUGUUCGACGCUUCCUUUCCUCUGAUGAGGACAUCGUAUCCCUUCCGGCAUUUGAUCCAUACGGCGCCAUUAACAUUGCGCAAUUUCUGAUCUCUAGCGCCCGGGAAAUCUCAGGAUGGUCUACCAUGACGGGAAUGCUCAGUAUGGAACGAUUCGGCGCAUUAAAAACAUCCCUCAUCGCACUUAACCCGUUCAUCUGCCCCGGCAAUCACACGGCGCAAACAAAUCAUGCGACUCCAUGUGCUGCAACUUGGGAGACUGCCAUGAUCGAGCUGCAGAUGUGGUCACCAUCUCAUACCGGCGGGAUUGUGGAAGGAAGUAUAGAUGCCGUUCUCAGUCAUUCAACAUACCUAGGGCCGUCGCAGUUCCUGUGUGAUAUCAACACGGCAAAGGCUAUACAACCACAUGUCAACUGGUUCCUACGAUAUCUCGAUGAGACGCUCGUACUGGACUUCGAAGCCCCAUGGGUUACUUUGUAUGCGUAUAAAGCCUUUUUGAUUGCCUGGCAGCUAAUGCAUGUUGGUGUACCUGGCGCAAUGGACACCGUGGGCGUCCAUGAUGCUGAUAUGGAGGGAGCUCUGAUGUGGGCGCGAAAGGUAUUUCAGCGAAGGCAGAAAUGGCAGCUUGGGAAACUCAUCUUGUCAUGUUUGGAUGAGUUAAACAAAUGA